AUGGGCGACAAGAAACGCAAGCGUUCACAAAACCCUGCCGAGGAUGCUGAUGACAUCGUCGAACAGCAGCAGCCUGAAGGCAAGAAGUCGAAGCGGAGUGACAAGCAGAAGAAGUCGAAAUCGAAGGAGGAAAAAUCGCUAAACAACGAGGAGACCGUUGCAGCGCCGCCGGUGCAGGAUGAAUCCGCUACUGCUAACGGGGAGGACGAUGAAAAGAAGCGACGGAAGAAGGAGAAGAAGGCAAAGAAGGAGCGCAAGAAUAAGGAUGAGGACGAGGGCAAGGACAAGGACGGCGACACGGAAAUGGUAGACGACACUGCUGCUGCUGCUGCUACGGAAGAAGAUGGGAAAGCAGAAACCAAGGCCGAUGGAGAUGGCGAAGCGCCGUCUGCUGAUGCAACUGCCGA